AUGAGAUGUGCAACAUCUGCACAUAAAGCAAUCGAUAAAUUGUUACAACAUGAGUCGUUUGGUUUAUGUUUAAAGCAAAGAGAUGAAAGAGAAGAACAUGCCAUGACUAAUGUUCAACAAAGCACAUUUCCAGACGAAAUCGAACUUUUUUUCUCCCUUUCCAUAAGCACAACAAUAAAAGGAAAAAAAAAAAAAAAAUCCAUUCAACAAUAA